AUGCCACACGCGACAACAGAGCCUAAGAUUGAUAUCUUCAUUGAUCGUGGCGGAACUUUUACGGAUUGUGUUGGUAUCUCUCAGAGAGGUGGAAAGGAUGACAUCGUGAUCAAGUUACUUUCAGUCGACCCGGGAAAUUACGAAGAUGCCCCAACGGAAGGUAUCCGCCGAAUCCUCGAAAAGUUCACAGGUCGGCCGCAUCCAAGAGAUGCCAAACUCAGCUCAGACCAUAUCGGUGUAAUACGAAUGGGAACGACGGUAGCUACAAAUGCGCUACUCGAGAGAAAAGGAGAGCGUUCGGCGUUAUUGAUAACCGAAGGCUUCCGUGAUGCAUUGGAAAUCGGAUAUCAGGCAAGACCUAAGCUUUUUGACCUCGCAAUAAAUAAGCCCGAUGUGCUUUAUUCCGAAGUUGUCGAGGUCGAGGAGAGGGUGACAAUGGAAGAUUCAACCAAAGACCCCUUUCAACACAGUAUUGAAGUUGACUCUAAUCCCACAUUGAAAAUCGGACAAAGUGGUGAUAUCAUCAGAAUCAUUAAACCACUCAAUGUCGAGAGCACGAGAAACUCGCUUGAAAAACUAUUUGAAAAGGGAUACCGAAGCAUAUGCAUCUGUUUAGCACACAGCUACAGUUUCCCUGAUCAUGAAAACGCCAUCCGCGAUCUUGCAAAGGAAGUAGGAUUCACCAGCAUAUCGGCAUCAUCAAACUUAAUUCCGAUGAUAAAACUAAUAUCGCGUGGCAUGAGCGCUACAGCUGAUGCAUAUUUAACCCCUGAGAUCAAGAGAUACAUUUCAAAUUUCAGACGCGGCUUCGAGGAUGGACUUGAGUCGACUAGAUGUCAAUUCAUGCAGAGUGACGGUGGACUUGUCGAUGUGGAAAGGUUCUCAGGUUUGCGCGCUAUCUUAUCUGGACCUGCUGGAGGUGUAGUUGGGUAUGCGAAAACUUCGUGGCAUCCCGAAGAUAAUACACCAGUGAUAGGCUUUGAUAUGGGGGGUACGUCAACAGAUGUUAGCCGUUACGCUGGAGACUACGGCCACGUCUUUGAGACUACCACUGCUGGUGUUACGAUCCAAUCUCCUCAGCUUGAUAUCAACACGGUCGCUUCUGGCGGAGGUAGCAUACUCGGUUGGAAAAAUGGCCUAUUCACUGUAGGACCUGAGAGUGCAUCGGCUCACCCUGGUCCAGCCUGCUACCGCAAAGGCGGUCCUUUAACAGUGACGGAUGCGAACCUAUUCCUCGGUCGGCUUCUUCCGGAAUAUUUCCCUGCUAUUUUUGGACCCGAGGAGAAUUUACCGCUCGAUUACGAAGUCACGAAGAAUAAAUUCAUAAACCUUAGCAACUCGAUUAAUGAGGGCUCCGCGAUUCGUAAAAGUCCAGAAGAGGUCGCUCUAGGAUUUCUUGCGGUCGCUAAUGAAGCCAUGUGUCGGCCCAUUCGUGCGCUAACUGAAGGGAAAGGAUACCACACUUCAGCUCAUCGACUUGCCGUGUUUGGUGGCGCCGGGGGACAACAUGCUGCAUCAAUUGCCAGAAACCUAGGAAUACACACCGUUCUUAUCCAUAAAUAUUCUAGUAUUCUGUCGGCGUAUGGAAUGGCACUCGCGAACCUAGUGGAAGAAGUUCAGGAGCCGUCUUCCUUGGUGCUAGGGCCGCUAACAACCCCUGAGAUCCACAAAAGAUUUGAGUCGCUAAAAGAACGCGCUGUGCAGGGCCUUCUACUACAAGGGGUUUCCUCUACGAAACAUAUCGAAACUCAGCAAUUCUUAAAUCUACGUUACGAAGGUACUGAUACCCAAAUGAUGGUAUCGCUACCACAUGAUGGUGACUUUAGACGAUCAUUCGAGGAACUUCAUCAACAAGAAUUCUCCUUCCUAUUGCCUUCUCGUGACAUCGUCGUUGACGAUAUUCGUGUCCGGGGAGUUGCAAAGGAGUUCGAACGACAAUCGCAUAACGUCUACAGAGAGUUGGCCGAAACAGAAACUCGACCAAAUCCGUCUUGCGAAAAAUUAUCAAAAACAUACUUCGCUAAUGUGGGGUGGGUUGAUACCCCUAUUUAUCUACUCCAAAACCUUCAGCCAGGAGAUCAAAUUGAGGGACCGGGCAUCAUAAUCGAUGAUACGCAGACAAUUGUCGUAACACCGUUUUCAACCGCAAAGGUCUUGUCUGAACAUAUUAUAUUAAGUGUAGGAUCGCAAAAGCAACCAAUCGCACCGCAAUCACUGGCCUUGACGGAUCCAGAUCCAGCCCAGUUAUCUAUCUUCGGUCACCGAUUUAUGUCUAUCGCUGAGCAGAUGGGAAGAACAUUACAAAAGACUGCUGUCAGUAUUAAUAUCAAGGAAAGGCUUGACUUCUCCUGUGCCAUAUUUGGACCCAGUGGCGAUCUAGUUGCCAAUGCACCGCACGUUCCUGUUCACCUAGGAAGUAUGGCUUAUGCGGUGAAAUAUCAACAUGAAAGACAUGGGGCUACACUUCGACCCGGCGAUGUGCUGGCUUCUAACCACCCAAUCGCUGGCGGAACACAUCUUCCCGACAUUACAGUCAUAACACCUGUUUUUGACCCGAGUGGCAAGCAGAUAAUAUUUUAUACGGCCUCUAGGGGUCAUCACAGGGACAUUGGUGGUUUUGAGGGUAUUUCGGGUAACGCCAAUGCUACUGAGCUAUAUCAAGAGGGCGCAAGAAUUAUCUCGUUUAAACUUGUUUCGAAUGGGACGUUUGACGAAGAGGGUAUCACUAAGAUACUUGUUGACGAGCCUGGGCAAUUUCCUGAUUGUGUUGGCACAUCCAGCCUCUACGACAAUCUCUCAGAUUUACGGGCCCAGGUUGCGGCAAAUGCGAAGGGAUCGAAACUAAUAGAAAAGCUCUUCCAAGAAUACGGGCGUGAGGUUGUCCAGUUCUACAUGGACCGUAUUCAGGCAAAUGCAGAAGUAGCCGUGCGGAAAUUCCUCCAGAAGACGUCGGAAGGACUCAACGGGAAUAUAUUACAGGCCGUGGACAGUCUCGAUAACGGAACUCGGAUCCAGCUUGAAAUACGUAUCAAGCCUGACGGUAGCGCUGUUUUCGACUUCACUGGAACCGGGCCGGAAGUCGUCGGUAACAACAAUGCGCCAAAGAGCAUUUGCUUGUCGGCCAUCAUCUAUGCAUUGCGCUGCCUCAUCAACGAUGAUAUCCCAUUGAACCAGGGGUGUCUGUCAUCUAUUCAGGUUAUUAAUCCCGAAGGCAGUAUACUGAACCCUAGCGACCAAGCGGCUGUCUAUGCCGGGAACACGCAGACCAGCCAACGCGUCGUCGACGUUAUUCUGAGAGCAUUUGAUGCCUGUGCCGCUAGUCAAGGGUGCAUGAACAGUGUUGGAUUUUUUGGGGGACGAGAGAGAAAGUCAAGUGAUGGCUAUAAAUUUGCCUACGGCGAAACGAUAUGCGGCGGAUCUGGGGCGGGCCCCGGGUGGAAUGGAGCAAGUGCUGUUCACUGCCAUAUGACGAAUACUCGAAUCUCAGAUGUCGAGAUUAUGGAAAAGCGAUAUCCGAUAAUAGUACGGGAAUUCUCAAUUCGCCCGGGUUCGGGUGGUCGGGGUAAAUACAGUGGAGGUGAUGGCGUUACUCGAGUUAUCGAGUGUCGGGAACCGCUGACAUUUUCAAUGAUAUCUGAAAGGAGGGUUAGCAGGCCGUACGGACUCCAUGGCGGAGAAGAUGGUGCGCCCGGCGAGAAUCUGAUCCUUAGGAAGUCUGGAGGGAAAGAGAGGUUGGUCAGUCUUGGACCUCGUGGUAUUGUAAAACUACAAAGUGGUGAGAGAUUCAUUAUCAGGACUCCAGGUGGUGGUGGGUGGGGCACCCCAGAAUUGACGACUGGAAAAGUCGGCGGAAAUAUCAAUGGAUGA